AUGACGGAUGAUCAGCCAAACGGCAGGGAUGGUGUGGGCUCACAGGAAAAGGAAGAAAUGGAAACGGAGUCCAGCGUAUACAUGGCUUGCAUCUUGCAAGGUCACCGACUUGGGAUCGCGUACUACGACAACUCCACCGGUGGAAUGCACGUUACUGAGACCUGGGAUUCGACCGAGGGCUCCGGUGACGAGUAUCCUUACAUUCAGCUCUUGAUGGAAGACGGCCGCGACUUCCAAGUCAAAAUCGUGAAAAACUCAGCCUUCAGCUAUGAACAAGCAAAGCACAGUGACGGUUACCUCACGCUCGACGCGGCAACACAUGACGCUCUUCAGAUCUUUCAAGAAGAUAGGCAUCCAAGUUCCAUGGGCAUUGGAAAAGCUAAGGAAGGAUUUUCGGUCUUCGGCAUGUUAAACAAGAUCUCCUUUCUCAUGUCCUCACAAGACCUGGUAAAGGCAUUGAACGACUCCUUGAAGAAGAUAAAGGACGUUCCCAAGAUCUUACAGAGCUUAGCUAACGUGGUGCACAUACGAGGCCUUCUGGAGCUAAUUGUAUCUCAGAGGCAGCAAGACGCGGCGGCGAUCCUAGAACUGCAGGUCGUAAGGAAGAUCUUCAAGUACGUAAACGAAGAACUUACGCAAGUCUGCGAGCUGCUCGACGAUCUCAAGCAUCAGUACGAGGGACUCCCGGACUUCUUGAACCAGGUGGCCGAGGCAGAGCUGAACAGGAUACCUCCGGGGGCCCUGCAGGAAUGUAACUAUACCGAGGCUUCUAUCCUGCACAUUCCUCAAGUAGGUUAUUUGAUGCGAUUUGAGGGAGACAAACAGGGACAGGCGUUGACGGACGCACUCCCCGACUUUGAGUUUGCGUUCGAAGGUGACGACGCCGACGGCCACGGAAUCUUCUACCAUACUAAGCGCACGCGCGAACUGGGCGAGCUCUUGGGCGAUGUCUACCACAAGAUUCUUGAUAUGGAGAACGCCAUUCUGCGAGAUCUUGAGAAGCGAGUCGUUGAUUCGAGCACGAACCUUGUCCAAGCUGUCGACGCCGCCGCAGAACUUGAUUGGCACGUGCUUCAAGAGAUGACGGUUGACACGUUCGUCCCGAACGACACAGAGAUAGAGGCGACAGGUCGCAUCAACGUCAUAACGGGGCCAAACUAUUCCGGGAAGAGCGUGUACGUCAAGCAGGUAGCGCUCAUCACCUUCCUGGCUCAUAUUGGAAGCUUCGUGCCCGCCGACGAGUGCACCGUCGGGCUUACUGACAGGCAUGCGACGGCUAGGUCUCUUUGCAUCAUAGACGAGUUUGGCAAGGGCACACUCACAGCUGACGGAGUCGGAUUGCUGUGUGCAACUCUGAAGCACCUUGCUUCACUCAAGGCUCCUCCCAAGGUCCUUGUCUGCACCCACUUCGGCGAAGUCUUGGACGAGACCUUCCUGCCAAGGUCCAAGAACGUCCAGUUCUCGACGACGAGCAUCCUGACGGAGCAGCAGCCUGAGGCUCAGCCGGCUGAGAACACGCGGGGCUUGCCGAAAGACAUAACCUUCCUCUAUAGGCUUGUUAAAGGCCACGCCGUCCCGAGCUACGGUGUACACUGCGCGGAGCUAGCAGGCGUUGCUCCUGACGUUCUCACGCGCGCCUCAGAGAUCAUCCAGUUCAUCAAAGAAGGAAAGCCCAUCGACAGGCUCCAAGGAAACAGAACGGUGGAGAAAGACCUGGAAUACAAGGCCCUUGUCGAAAAACUGCUCGCCUUUGACUGUCAAAGCGGAGACCCAAAGGAGUUCCUGAAACAGAUCUUUUCGCCGGCUCCAAGUGUCGAAGCCACCGCUAGUGAACCAUAG